CAUGCUCCUACCAGGGGGCGGGUUUGUUUGGUGUGACUAAAUAUUUUGUUUUCGAUUAAAUGGGCAUGAUAAGCUAACACCGACAACCACGACGGUAAACACUGCUCAGUGAUCUUCUACUGGCCUACAAGAAGACAAAGCCAUGGGGAAUACAAGCAGUGAGAGGGCUGCAAUGGGCCAGGGGGAGAAGGCCCAGCGGAGGGACAGCCGAGGUAUCAAGGAGGGAGAGAGACCAAAAAUCCUGAUGGACAGCCCAGAAGAUGCAGAUAUUUUUCAUGGUGAAGAUAUGAAAGCUCCUUUAGAGAAAGAGGAGUUCCUUGCAUGGCAGCAAGACUUAGAGGCAGAUGACAAAGCACCAACUUUAGACCGACCAACAGUCUUUCGUUGGACUGGAGAUGGCAAGGAGGUCUACCUCUCUGGUUCUUUCAACAACUGGGCCAACAAGAUUCCCCUUAUUAGAAGUCAAAACACUUUUGUGGCCAUUGUCGAUCUGCCCGAGGGGGAGCAUCAGUACAAGUUUUAUGUGGACGGCCAGUGGACCCACGACCCAGCUGAGCCGGUUGUAACCAGUCAGCUCGGCACAGUCAACAAUAUCAUCCAGGUGAAGAAAACUGACUUUGAGGUGUUUGAUGCUCUAAUGGUGGACUCGCAGAAAUGUUCUGAUAUGUCAGACCUCUCCAGCUCCCCUCCUGGGCCAUAUCAUCAGGACUCCUAUGUUCCUAAACAGGAAGAGAAGUUUAAGUCUCCACCCAUACUCCCACCACACUUGCUACAGGUCAUCCUCAACAAAGACACUGGGAUUUCUUGUGACCCUGCAUUACUCCCAGAGCCCAAUCAUGUCAUGCUCAACCACCUCUAUGCUCUUUCCAUUAAGGAUGGGGUGAUGGUGCUCAGUGCGACACAUCGCUACAAGAAGAAGUACGUCACUACCUUACUAUAUAAGCCUAUCUGAUUGAAGAGUGUCUUUUUAAUUUUGUCCCAGUGUGUUAACUGUACACUGAGUGUACAAAAUAUCAGCUCCACCAGUUUUUUUUUUUUCCUCAUGGGUUUCACCUGUGUAAUCACAUCCUGACUUGAAGAAGCCGCUUUGAAUGAGUUGAUGGAGAGAGAUUAAAGAUAAAAAAUAUGUGUGUAUUGUGUAUUAAAUAAAAUACAAAAAAUAAAAUUCAGGAAUAGUGUUUACUAUAGGAAUUCUGAAAACAAUACAUAAACUAAACUAAACUUCUAUCUUGUACACUCACUGUAUACCCAGUUGUUGUACACAUCUGUUGAGGAUGAUCAGUAUCGCUCAGUUACUCCAAUCCUUCAUAAUCUGCCUUUGUUUGAUCACUGACUGCCCUCUGUAGUUUUCAUCAACAGUAACUUUGCUCAGUAGACAUAGAGAGGCAUUAAUAAUGAAGUAGAACACUAUGACAUGAAAUGUAAUGAGGAAUAUUGAUAAUGCUGGGGGAAGACCUCAGAUACAUGAGGUCGCUGUUGUCUUUCCUAAGGUUGAGAAGACAACAGUGGUACAAUCAAGAAAGUGAAUGUUAUGGUUAAAGAAGGAUAAAAUGCACUGCAAUAGUUCUCCACUGUUUUCUUUUGCCUGUUGAAAUAGUUAUGUUUUAUUUAGUAUGAUCACAGAGCGCACAGAAGAUAUUUUUCUAUUUUAUUUGUGAGGUAUUCAGUUGUAUCAUUUUUUCUACUUUGGUUGAUGAUGUGGUUUGUUAUAUUCUCAAGUUCUCUUAAUAUACCUGCAAUUUUGUGGUCAUUACCAUUCCAGUUAAGUGUUCUAGCAGAUUUUUAGUUAGGACUGCAACAACAUAGUUGAGACCAAAACCAGAAUAAUUUAUUAUGUUAUCAUAAAUUAAUUUGUUCUAAACUUUAAAAUGACUCUGUUAGUUUUGCACUACUAUAAUAGACAUUUAUUUUUAUGUAGAAUGUGUAGGUACACCUUACAGCAUGACAAUGUAUCAGAAGAAUAGUGCUAACCCUUUCAAACAUCUACACAGUAAUGGUCUUCGCACUGAUAAUUUUUCUUUAUUUAUACAGUGUAAAUGCACUCCAUAUAUUGAGAGUCACACCAUAUAGUUGAUCCCUGCUGGAAUAUGGCAUGGUUUGUGCCAUGGAAUAUUUCCAGUCUUUAACGGCAGUGUCUCUUUAAAGUGAAGCUUUACACUCAUUCAUGAUUAAUGAAAAAAGACCCAACAGGAAACAAAAUGUUGAAGAUAUUUGACAAUGACAAAACAGCAGGUGAAAGACACAGUGACCAACAUGUGCUUGCAGAACCAAAACACUGACAAAGGGAUCAGCACAGGAUCAUGUAACAGACUGGAACUGUUACUGAAGAGUUUUGUUAUAGUUAACAUGUUUGUCUGCACUGUUAAUGGUCUGUUUAUUUCAUGAAGUCUGAAGUGAAGACUGGACUGAGUUUUAAGUUAAAAAUAUGACCAUUAAUAAAUCUUUGUCAAAUCAUGGUAUAUUGUUGUAACUGCCAAAUGAGACCAUGAUGUUGAUGUAGUCCAGUAGAGGCUGACAGUCUUCCACAGUUAAGGUCUCAUUUGUUUUUGUUACUUCUGCUAUUGUCUCAGAAAUAACAUGGUAAUGAUUUAUUGAUGAGAAGAUGCUAGACAUUAAAAUAAAUUGCAGUAUCAUUAAAAAUGUUGUUGAGCCUUUGAACCAUGCUGGUGUGUACACAUUUUCAUUUUGAGAGAUGUUUGUAUUAAAGAUUAAGUCACAGUACAAA